CUGGAAAGCUGUAUUGCCUUUGGUGCUGAAGCUCGAAAGACAAUACUGGUUUCACAAUGGGCUCCAUUGGUGCAGCAAGCACGGAAUUUUCUUUUGAUGUAUUCAAGGAGCUGAAAGUCCAGCAUGUCAACGAAAACAUAUUCUUCUCCCCCCUGAGCAUCAUUUCAGCUCUGUCCAUGGUCUACCUAGGUGCAAGAGAAAACACCAGAGCCCAGAUAGAUAAGGUUGUUCGCUUUGAUAAAAUCACAGGAUUUGGAGAGAGUAUUGAAUCUCAGUGCAGCACAUCUGUAACUGUCCACGCUUCACUUAAAGACAUGUUCACCCAAAUCACCAAACCAAGUGACAAUUAUUCACUCGGCUUUGCCAGUAGACUUUAUGCUGAUGAGAUGUACCCAAUCCUACCGGAAUACUUACAAUGUGUGAAGGAACUGUAUAAAGGAGGCUUGGAAACUAUCAGCUUUCAAACAGCUGCAGAACAAGCCAGAGAGCUCAUCAAUUCCUGGGUUGAAAGUCAGACAAAUGGUAAGAGCAAGCCAAGUAUCAGCAUAG